GAAGGGUUGGCGCAUUUGGUCAUCCUCGUGGGCCUAGGACAAUGAAUUGGGUUGACAAUGUGAUAGAUCUGAACUCGAAUUUCAUUUGGAGUGACUCAAAAAGCACGGAUAUACAUCAAUUCCACCGAAAACUCUGGCGCCAUCCCGUUAUUCAUUUUGAGUGGUCCGGCAGCACGGCACCUCUUUUAUUCAAACUUGGCGCCACUUAUGAAAUGUGGCCAGAUAAUAGAUAGCUCAAGGGAAAUACCGUUACGACGGUGCUCAACACUGGAUUUGAAAAAGAGACAUCUGUUUACCCAACCACCCAACUGCUUCUCCGGGGCUAUAAAAACAAAACUCUGGCUAUUGAUGCAACUCAGACGUGGGCAACCCAAGCCAGAGAAAAGAACUCAAAGAAGAGACACCUGUGAAACCUCAAAGUAAAUAAACAAUAAAGUUUGGACCCUUAAGAUUUGCCGGCAUCUUGCAUAACCGAAAGACUUAGAAAACAAAAACAAAAUGCAAUCCAUGGCCAGACAAUCCGCUAAAAUGUUCCCCCAGGUGGGAAAACAAGUGAGCUACCUGUCGACCAGUGCCUCCUGGAAGGCAUCAACUGGUGGCAACGACAUGGUUGUGGAGAUCAAGGAGCCGAAGACCCGCUCCGAGAAACUCAUGGCCUUCCAAAAGAAGCUGCGCGCCAAGACGCCGUUGGGCAAGCUGGACGAAUUCUCGAGGCAUCCCUUCCAGGAGAAGGAGCCCCUCAAGCCCUGGCCGAACCAAACGAAUCCCUAUACCGGCGAGAUUGGAGGACCAUCUGGUCCGGAGCCAACGCGAUACGGUGACUGGGAGCGCAAAGGUCGUGUCUCGGAUUUCUAGUCCCUUCCCAACAAGUUCCUUAUUUAGACAAUAGGCUGUUAUUUAAAUGCUACCCACUAAGACUAAAAAGAAAAAACAAAAAGAAGCACAUGUAUACUCGAGUAAUAAUGUUUAAUGUUUAGUGUAAAAUAUAAAAAAUACAAAAAAAUAUUUUUGAAAACUUAA